AUGCGAGCAUCAUGCCAUUGCAGGUGGGGGGCCCACAUCCAAGCCACCGUAUAUGCGAUUGCAGAAAAGGCGGCGGAGUUGAUCAUCGAUGACUAUUUUGCUCGAAUGGGUCCUCUAUAA